AUGAUGACGUGCUUCUUGCUGCCGUCCCUUGCGCUGACUGCUGCCACUGCUGCAGCAGGGCCAGUGCAGCUGGACCUGGCUAACUGGAUGGGCCAGUUGGGUCCCAUUCUGGGAGAUGCGACGCUGCUGGACCUGACUCUUCCCGGAACCCACGACUCGAUGACUUACGAUUUGAGCGACACCCUCAGCGACGGUUAUGAAGGCAUGUCGGCGGCGGCGUCUGCCAUCCUGCACACACUCAGCCCGGGCGUUGCUGGCCGCUUCAUCCGCCGGCAGGGUCAAACGCAGGGCAUCACCGUCACGGAGAUGCUUGAGGGCGGAAUUCGCUUCAUCGACUUUCGGAUCAUGUACAGUGUCGGCCCAGAUCGUGUCGCUGGGAGAAAGGACUGGUAUUGCCUGCACGGCUGUGAAUCCAAGCGCAAAGCCAUCGAGUAUUUGCGCGAAGUCCAUGCUUGGAUGGUGGCCCAUCCGAAGGAGGUCGUGGUGAUCUGGGCUUCAAGACAUGGAAAUGCGGCACUGACUGGCACCGAUCAGUAUCCGGGCACCACGCCGUCUGAGAGACAAGCCUUCUUCAAACAGGUGGAGGACGUUUUCGGAGAGCUCCUCAUGGAGAAUGUGAGUCUGAAUGAGACCGGCGUAGCGGAGCUUCAGCGCCGCAAUCAGCGACUUCUUUGGUUCGCUUCCGACUACGCCGAGUCGACGAAGAGCUCUGCGCGGGCGUGGGAUGCCCGGUCCCUCGACAACCAGCUGAAAGGUGGAGGUCACGGACGAGAGUUCGUCGACUUCAUGACACAAGGAGCCAGCAAGCUCCGUGAAGACGGUGCUCGCAAUCAGUUUUUGCUGGUUAGCAUGUCGAGUGGUCCUUCGCAAGCUGCCGUUGAGGAUGCAUUGAAGCUGGACUUCCUUCCCGAUGUCUUCGGAGAGCACAAGAAGUGGAGUCAGGACUGCGCUGAGAGCUCCAAGAUACCGAACAUGACAUCCUGGUGCCCAGAGUCGCUGAUGGACUGGGCUUUGCUAAGCAACUACUACAAUCAGCGGGCCCUUGACUUUAUCUACAACCUGGGAGCCUCGACUCUCGAAGCCGACUUUCCCAACGCGAUCUACAUCAACACUGUUGAUGCGGGAGGCCUCAUCCGCACUGGAACGGCCAAGAUCAACCCCCUGGACGAGGAGUCGCGUGUGUCGGACGACAGUCAUGCCGAAGAUGGCUAUGCCUAUGCAGCCACGCUCAUCGCAGCCAACGUGCGCCGUCUGUGCCGAAAGACGCGGGCCGAAGGCUGCGAUGCCUUGGCCGCCGGUGCCGCCUCGGCGCGGGCAUUGCAUCCGGUGAGCCUCUGGGAGGACUCUCAUCACGGACGCUUGGUCAACUGGCCAGUUCUGGCCCCCACCAUUGCGGUGAUCUGA